CGCCGCUGUCAGUCAUUCCGGGCGGCGGUCUGAGCGUCGGUGGCUGAUGGAGGAGCGAAAGGUUUCAGUGUCGGAGCUGCUCAACUCGAGCGUCUAUUUAUUCGGAUGUGUGUUGGAGGAAGGAAAGAAGGAAUACAAAUUCCAGGUACAGGAUGAUCGGAUGGCACAUCAACUUAUUCUGAGGACGGUAUGUGUGGGUCUUGAAACGAAGGAUGAGCUGCACGUCAUUGAACUGGAGGCUCUGAACCCGAAUGGGAAAAUGAUCAAGGUGCCUUUGACGUCUCUGAAACCAUCCAUUCUAACUACAACUGUUCUGGGAGGGUUUGAGGUGUCUCCACCGGUCUGUUUACGUCUGAAGACUGGUUCUGGCCCUAUCUACGUCAGUGGAGAGCACAUUGUUGGUGUGCCUGACUCUGACUCUGAUUCCGAGUCCGAAUCUGAAGACAAUCAUCGGGUGAAAUCUCCCCUGAAGAAGCAACCUGUUAAGCUUGCAUCGUCUCCCACUGCAUUGCACCCUGCAAAGAAAAAGGCAAAGUUAGAGGAGUCAACAAAAGAUAAGGCAAUGAAUGAUAAAGGUAAAAAUGAAGAAGAUGAUGAUGAAGAUGAAGACGCAGAUGAUGAAGACGAAGAUGAUGAUGACGACGAUGAUGAAGAUGAGGAAGAGGAGGAUGAGGAAGAGGAUGACGAUGAUGAUGAUGAUGAUGAUGAUGAGGACGAGGAAGAUGAGGUUACAAAGACUCCUGUCAGAAUGCCAGUUAAAGAUACUCCAGAUAAAAACAGAAAUCAAGAUGACAAAUCAAAACUACAGAAACCUGCCAAAGUUGCACCCACUGUCGAUGAAAUAAAAACCAAACUGAAGACCAUGGUUGAAAAGGGGCAGCACCUACCGAAGACGAAACAGAAGUUUCAAAACUUUAUAAAAAGCUCAUUACGAUUUGAAGACCUGAAAGUAAUUGGAGAGCUGUGGGCCUGGGGACAGACAUUGAAGCAGACCAAAUGAGGGGCACCUGAAAGCUGCCAAUGAGUUUUUCUAAUGGAUCAUUUGGAAUAGUCGGUGGAGUUUCUUUUUCCUAAAAGAUGUUUAUUUUCUUGUCAGGUCUUCUGAACGUAUUUUGUUUCGAGUUGACAGCCUCAGUGUUUCUUUAUUUUAAGAAGCCUGUUGACAGCAUAGUGUGAGGUUUGGUAGAUAGCGAGCCUGUGCAAUCCUUUUAAAAGAUUGCCUUGAUUGAGUCCAUUCAUAAUGACUUGAAACCCGAAAACACUGGAAAUGUACAGCAGGUGUGUAGUAUGUGUAAAAUCGUAGUUUAACAUUACAGACCUUUUGAGAAGAAUCUACUUCCAUAACAUUAACCUCCAUUAUCUCUCCUAUGAAUGCUGUAAUGUCUGCUGUAUAUUUUCAGCAUUGUCAUUACAGAUUUCUAACAUUUGCGCUUUUCCUUUUUUAUUCUCGUUGGUUAUGUAGUUCAGCAGCCAAUAAACUCGGUGGAACCUAACAAAAAUUCAAAGUAACUUUUUCAUUAAUUAAACUAUUCAGAACUCCACUUAAAA